UUCAUCUUGUAUCCGCAAAACUUCGCCUCUCGUGAGAGUAAUCUCUUUAAAAGUUAUUUUGCUCUUUCUACCGAUUAUUAUUCUCGUAUGAUUUCCAUAUUAGAUCUCUCUUCGAUUUUCGGUGCGAAGUAAUCUGAUCAGAUGAGCAAUUGUCAGAGUCUUUGCAGCAAUUACCAUCCUUCCAGCCAAUCUAGAAAGAUUUCAAUUGGAAUUACAGCAGAGUCAUUAGCCAAGAAAAAACCAGUGGUUGCAAAGGAAGAUGAGACUGCAGUUCUAAAAGCUGAAAAAGUAAAUCCUUGCAAUGAAAUUUUUACAGCAGCAAACAAUAGGAGUGUUAGUGCCAAAACUGCCGCUGCAGAGAAGCAAACUGAAGCUCCAGAUCAGGUGAGCUAUCCAUGGAUAACUACUCCAUCCUUGAAACAAAAUGCUACAACUUCAGAGAUGGCUUACUGCAGAAAACAAGCUUCCACCAGACCAGCUGCUGGUGGGAGGCAGGAAAAGAUCAAUGGACUGAAGGAUUUACAAAUGACACAUACACAUUCAGGUCAGUUUUUUGCCAACAAGUCCUUUAUUUUACAGUCAGGAGAGAGUAAUCCGAAAUUAUUUGACGGCAUGACCUAUAAAAGGAAAGGAAUGAAGAGUAGAAAAUCAAAGUGUGCGGAAGAAUUCAUGUUUACUACUACACAAGAAGUUCUCGUUUCAGAUAAAACAGUAAAAGCAGGUAAAAGAGAUAAUGGGGAAAAUGGACAAACUGAAACUUUGAGAAUGAAGCUUUGGCAGAUACUGGGAACUGUUUCUUCACCCAAAAGUCAGUGCUCUAAUCCUCAGUCUGCUGAGGUUGGUGCUGAUAGGCUAGAGCCACAAAAAGUCGUUGAUCAAAUUAGUGAUACGGCAGGCAGACCCAGACAGAAUUCAGAUACUAUAGAAGCCGAUUCUGAAAGUCCUGAUCAACCAACAAGGAGGCGAUUAAAUCAAUCUUUGACCAGAAAGAAUUGUUCAAAAGUGCCAAAAACUAAAACUAAAACUAAAAUUGGUCCAUCCUCUGGCAACAAACAGAAAUAUCAAAAGAAGAAUAUCUUUUUGUUUGAAGAAGGAUGGAAUGCAAAAUUUAUUGGUGCUGCUGACUAUGGCUCCUCAAUGUUUACAAGAAAGAAUAGUCACUUAAAAGGUUCAACUAUUAAGCUACACAAGAUUAGCUUUCCGCAAAAGGAUAAUGCAAAUGAGCCUAAGCAAGCAAAUUAUAUCAGUGAAUUGCCAUGUGCUGAGAAAACAUCUUCACUCAGUAAUAAAGUGGAAAGUUUUCAUGGUUGUAUGCCUGAGGAUAGGGAAGAUUGUGGUAAAUCUAGGAACACAGUCCCUGUGAAAGAUUCCCAUGAAUCACCAAAGGGUGCUGUCCCAGCAGAAGAUUUUCAUGAAUCACCCAAGAAUGCAGUCCCAGUAAAAGAUUUUCUUGAAUCACCAGAGUCAAAAAAUAUGAAUCAUAAGAGAGAUUUAGACGACCCAGCUUUAACAGAAAAUAGGCACCAGCGAGAAGACUGUGGCAAAACAGCUUCUAGGAAUGUUGUUGACUCACCAGAUGAGAUCCUAAGUCCAACUUUUGCAUUUAAGACCCCCAUUGUAAGCCCUUCACCUUGGUCCACGCCAAGAACAGUACAAAUGGAGCAGGAUAUUUUCAGUCCUGCACUGGAAGAGAGAAGACAUAAUAUGGGAAGUAUCCGUAGCUUCAGGACUUUGAGAAAUUCAAAAUCAGAUUGUUCUGGAUCAGAUGCAGAAACAGAUUCACCUGAUGAUGCUGAGAAACUUAAAGAUUCUCCACCUAGAAAAGCUUCACCAGUGAAGGGGGAAAAUGAUUCAGAAAAUGGCCAGGCUGAAUUGUCAUCUGAUGGCACAGAAGAUAACCUGGGUGGGUGUUCAUCUGAAGAUGGAGAUCCUGGGAGCUCUAGAGAAGGAUCACCUGUCAUCAAUAUAUAUGACUAUCACAAAGAGAACUCUCCAGAAACUGUUACUGCUGAGAAAUCAAACUUCAUGCAUUGUCCAACAAAUCGGUUCUGUGGCCAUGGAGGCAUUAGUUUUCAGGAAUUCAGUACCCCUCUGACCUCUCCAAAAGGGAUGGAAGAGACUGAAUGGUUUCAGGAAACCCCUGAUCAGAAUCAAGAGGAUGACUUGGAUAGGACCAUUACUUUAUUUGCAAUUGCUUUAGACAACUUUAGAAGGAAAAUGGAUUCAGAAACUAGAAAGAAGUCCUCUGAAAUUUUAACGUCCAUUUCUGAGGGCAUAUGCCUGCAGCUGCUGGAUGUUGAAUCUCAGAUCCAAACAGAUGUAGGGAAGCUAACAAGUGUCAGUAAAUCAAAAAGAAAACACCUGGAAACAAGAUUUGAAGAGCAAAAAGAACAACUAGAGUUGAUUUGUAAAAAAUUUAAGGAAGAUAUUCAUCAUCAUCUCCAGAAUUUCACGAGUACCCUUAAAGUGCUGGAAGCUGACCAGAUAGAACUGAAGAGAAAAGUGAAGAAGCAAAGAACAUCACACCAGAAGGUUCUCUUACAGCUGGAAGAAGCAGUUGAGGCACAACUUAGUGAUGCCCAAAGAAGAAUAACAACCGUCCAUGAGUUGGCUAGGAAAAAGAGGCUCCAGUUGAAACUUCUAAUAGCUGAGUGUCUGAAAGAGGGUAUUUUUUAAAUAGACAUGACAUGAUUUUUGCAGCUAGCAAGCAAUAUUGAGAGUUUGUCCAAAAUCAAACAGGAUGGACGAUUUUCAUUGAUGGUUCACCUUGUAAGACUUCGCAAUUCAUAGUUCAGAAAGCCUCCUAUUACCUUUUUAUUAAACUCUCGCCUAAACCUGGAAGCAUGCUUAUAAAAUUAGAGAUAGCCAACUUUAUCCAAGUAUUCUGUAAUUCCAAGUUUUGCUUGUCCACCUUUUACUUUUAUGUGAUUGAUUUGGACACUAAAUCACAUAUAAAGAAUCCUGAGAUUAUUAAUGAAUUAGAUGUCUCUGGAUGAUGGGCAAUUUUGAUGUCUUUGAAAAUGGAGUUUUUUGUU